AUGCCGCUGGCGGCUGCCGGAAUUCAUUAUUUCUCGAACACGAUAUUCACCAUCAAAACUAUUCCAAUAUUCAUCGAGCUUUUGAAUAAAUACUCAAAAAUUCACGAACCCGGCCGGAUAGUCGUGGAAUUUGCGAAAUUGCGCAAAAUGAGCCGAUUUUGGCCGCCGCAUGAGGGCUAUGGAUACGGAGAAUUUUCAGUGUUAUUCGCAAUUUCCUUACUUUUUUAUUUGAGCUUCAUCGACUUAUCGCCGGUUAUCCAGUCAAUCUUCGGUUGCAUUCCAUCAUCAAAAUGUGGAAAAUUCUUGAAGCACACGAUCACUCCAUUCUACGCCGGAUUAAUUCCCUCCCUAUUUCUUUUCCCAAUGCUAAGGUUCUCCGAGAUGCACGUCUUCGUGAUUGCGCUCAACACAUUCCAUAUAAUUGUCUGAAUGGAAAGUUGCGAUGAACUCGAAGAUGAGCAAUUCGAUAGCGACGAGGAGCUGCUCGGCGAGAAAUGCAUCUCGAUUCUCGCCUCACUUCUACCGCCGUCCGAGCAGAUACCGACGGCGCACAAGCUGCUGACGCUCGCCGAGCAUCACGACGACGAUUCGGCCGAGCGACGCAUCAGCGACUACUUCAAAUCGGCCGCCGACAUGUUCGCUCAGCAGGACGCCGGCCACUCAUCGGGCGACGACUUCAUGGACACCUACGAUUUUCCGGAUCCGGUGUUUCCGGUGCACGUGCGCGAGCGUCCGCAGUUGCCGCCGAAGCCGCCGAUCGACACGCUGCGCUUCAGCAUGAACAACAUCAAAGAAUCGGCUGAUUGGCAACUCGACGAGCUACUCGAGGAGCUUGAGGCUCUUGAGACGGAGCUCAACGCGCCCAACAAGGGCGAGCAUUUGCUGUUGGGAGCGGCGGCGGCGGCGGCGAAUGGACGCGAGCACAUCAAAGCGCCACCGACGACGACGACGACGACUGGCAAUCUGACGCCGUUCAAUUCGGCCCCCUCAAACGCUGUUAAUCAUCAGCAAGCCAACAAUUUUCAUCAGGUCCUUCAAGCGUCGUCGUGCUCAUCGCCCGAUGGCGACAGCGCGUUCGGCGACAGCUCGUCGACCGAAUCGCAUCGAUGCCGCAAUUCGGCGUUCUCGUCGAACGAAUCGUGCCGAGACUCGCUGAACACACCGAGCCCAACACAGGUCUCGCCGCGCAAUGGCGGUGAACUAUCUGCCGACGAGGCGAAAGCGCUCAAAAUAAAACAAGCGCUUGAGAAAAUGAAAGAAGCCAAGGUGACGAAGAUAUUUGUCAAGUUUUUCGUUGAAGACGGCCAACCGCUUCAAAUUCUCAUCGAUGAACGAUGGACGGUGGCAGACACAAUGAAGCAUCUCGCUGAGAAGAACCAUAUAAGUCUAAUGGAGGAUCAUUGCAUUGUCGAAGAGUUUCCGGAGUUGUACAUUCGCAGAAUCUAUGAGGAUCACGAGAAAAUUGUGGAGAACAUUCAGCUAUGGGUGCAAGACUCGCAAAACAAAUUGUAUUUCAUGCGAAGGCCCGACAAAUUCGCGUUUUUAGACCGUCCGGAAAUUUUCCUCGUCACCGAGAAAACGUCAGACCAUAUGGAGGUGCCAAGCGGCGACAAUUGGACGCGCGAGGUCAAACGUCAAUUUGUCUGCGAUUAUUUCAAUCGUGAUCCGGUGGUUCCGCCGGAAAUGGAAGGCUUCUUGUAUUUGAAGUCCGACGCGCGCAAGAGCUGGAAGAAGCACUAUUUCGUGUUGAGGCCUAGCGGUUUGUAUUAUUCGCCAAAGGGCAAGAAGGCGACGAAGGAUUUGGCGUGUUUGAUGAGUUUGCACUCGAAUCAAGUUUAUACUGGAAUCAAUUGGGAGAAGAAGUACAAAUCGCCGACGCCGUAUUGCAUUGCAAUCAAGGGAUCCACUUUGCAGCUCACCGCAUUGCAAAUCAAACGAUCGCAAUAUAUCAAGUACAUUUGCGCUGACGACGAGAUCACGUUCAAACGUUGGCUGACGGCGUUGCGAAUCGCGAAGAACGGCUCGGAGAUUUUCAAUAAUUUCGAGAACGCGUGCCAAAUUCGCCGCGAGACGCUCGGCAGCGGACCGUCGAUGUCGGCGGCAUCGUCGUCGACGGCCAUCUCCGAUCAGAAUCAUCUGCAUCAUCGCACGCCGUCGGUGGCCUCGUCGAUUCCGUUCGGCAACCAUUUGAAUCAGACGCGGCCGUUGUCGGUGAACACGCGGAAUCAUUCGCCGGCGUUCUCGAUGUGCUCACAAAUCGAGAAGCCUCCGAUACCGUCGCCGGCGAGGAACUUCGAGAACACGCCACUCACCGAGUACGACGAGCAGCCGACAGGCACCAUCAAAAGAGCGCCGCUUGAUGUGAUUCGACGAGCAUCGAAGGUCUCGUCAACGUGCUCCUCGCCAACUAUUCCGCAAGAGGAAGAGGAUUCCGAUGAGGAGUUCCCCGCGCCGCCGCCACAAAUGGUGGCCCCACAGUCACCAAUUCGAAUGCCGCCACCAAUUGCGCCAAAGCCGGCGACGCCAUUGAGCGCGAAAAAGGCGCCGCCACCGCCGCCGAAGCGUUCCGACGCCACAAGACUUCAGACAUCGUCGACAACAUCGAUCGCCGGCGUCGGACACAUGAAUGAUCUUGAGGCGGCAUUGGCGAGAAGGCGCGAAAAAAUGGCGCAAGCUCAAUAA